GCGAGCCCCGGAGCGGGGCGGGCGGCGCCUGCGCGGUGACGAGCUCGCGCCGCUACGCGGCCGUCCUUUGCGAGCGCGGGUGGCGGAGGCGGAAUGGGGCGCGAGGCGGGGCCCCGGGAGUGAGGCCGAGGCGGAGCCGCUGCGCCGGCAAGCGGGACCCCGGCGGUGUGAUGGACAGGUAGCAGAAGAUCUCACUUGGAUAUCAGGGAAUCAGAAUGACUGAGUGCUUCCUGCCUCCCACUAGCAGCCCCAGUGAACACCGUCGGGUAGAGCACAGUGGAGGUCUUGCUCGUACUCCCAGCUCUGAAGAAAUCAGUCCUACAAAAUUCCCUGGAUUGUACCGCACUGGUGAGCCUUCACCACCUCAUGACAGCUUGCAUGAGCCUCCAGAUGUAGUAUCUGAUGAUGAAAAAGAGUAUGGGAAGAAGAAAGGAAAAUUUAAGAAGAAAGAAAAAAGAACGGAAGGUUAUGCUGCAUUUCAAGAGGACAGUUCUGGUGAUGAAGCUGAAAGCCCUUCAAAGUUGAAGAGGUCCAAGGGAAUACAUGUCUUCAAGAAACCCAGCUUUUCCAAAAAAAAGGAAAAGGAUUUUAAAAUAAAAGAGAAACCCAAAGAUGAAAAACACAAGGAAGACAAACAUAAGGAAGACAAACAUAAAGAGAAGAAGUCAAAAGACUUAACUGCAGCAGAUGUUGUAAAACAGUGGAAAGAGAAGAAGAAAAAGAAAAAGCCAAUUCAGGAGACAGAGAUACCUCAAGUGGAUGUUCCAAGUCAUAGACCCGUGUUUGGCAUUCCUUUGUCUGAUGCAGUAGACAGGACCAUGAUGUAUGAUGGUGUCCGCCUGCCAGCAGUUUUCCGUGAAUGUAUAGAUUACGUAGAGAAGUAUGGCAUGAAAUGCGAAGGCAUCUACAGAGUUUCAGGAAUAAAAUCAAAAGUUGAUGAGCUAAAAGCAGCCUAUGAUCGAGAAGAAUCUCCCAACCUGGAAGAAUAUGAGCCCAAUACAGUAGCCAGCUUGCUGAAACAGUACCUACGAGAACUGCCUGAAAACUUGCUUACCAAAGAGCUAAUGCCCCGCUUUGAAGAUGCUUGUGGGAAGAGCACAGAAGCUGAGAAAGUUCAGGAGUGCCAGAGGCUGCUGAAAGAGUUGCCAGAGUGUAACCAUCUCCUGAUUUCUUGGCUGAUUGUGCACAUGGACCACGUUAUUGCAAAGGAACUGGAAACAAAAAUGAACAUCCAGAAUAUUUCUAUAGUGCUCAGCCCUACUGUCCAGAUCAGCAACCGUGUCCUGUAUGUAUUUUUUACACACGUUCAAGAGUUCUUUGGGAAUGUUACCCUGAAGCAGGUGACGAAACCUCUUCGCUGGUCAAAUAUGGCAACAAUGCCAGCACUUCCAGAAACACAAGAAAGCAUCAAAGAAGAAAUCAGGCGACAGGAGUUCCUACUGAACUGUUUACACAGAGACUUGCAGGCAGGGAUAAAAGACUUAUCCAAAGAAGAGAGACUCUGGGAGGUGCAAAGGAUUUUAACAGCUCUGAAAAGAAAACUAAGAGAAGCUAAGAGACAGGAGUGUGAGACAAAGAUUGCACAAGAAAUUGCCAGCCUUUCAAAGGAGGAUGUCUCCAAAGAAGAAAUGAAUGAGAACGAGGAAGUGAUAAAUAUUCUGCUUGCACAGGAGAAUGAGAUUUUAACAGAACAGGAAGAACUGCUGGCCAUGGAGCAGUUCCUGCGGAGACAGAUUGCCUCGGAGAAGGAAGAAAUAGAUCGCCUUCGAGCCGAAAUAGCUGAAAUACAAAGUCGCCAGCAGCAUGGCCGAAGUGAAACCGAGGAGUACUCUUCUGAGAGUGAAAGUGAGAGUGAGGAUGAGGAAGAAUUGCAGGUCAUCUUGGAAGAUUUGCAGAGACAGAACGAGGAACUAGAGAUAAAGAACAAUCACCUGAACCAGGCGAUUCACGAGGAGCGAGAGGCCAUCAUAGAACUGCGGGUGCAGCUCCGGCUACUGCAGCGAGCCAAGUCAGAGCAGCAGGUGCAGGAGGAAGAGGACCCAGAAAAACGUGGGGUUGUUUCUGAACAGCAGCAGAGAGACAGUGUCCUGGAAACAAAAGCAGCCAAAGAGCAGCCAAAAGCAAACAAGGAGCAGCAAGUGAAGCCAUCACCAAGCAAAGACAGGAAAGAAACUCCAAUUUGAUCAGGCUCCUUUGGUAUGCGUGAAACCAACUGAACUGUGCAAGUUACUGUAAUCUGAGUCAAACUGCACAAAUGAGCAUUGCUGGCUGUGUACAUUCUGUAAAGAAACCUUUCUUUUAAGUCCUGGAGACGUUAGUCUCUAAUACUUGUGGCUUCUACUCAUCAGACUCAGGUGAGUUUGGAGAGGCCAGAAGAGUUUUGCAGUUAGCAUCAGAUUAUUUUGAGAGUGUUUCCUUCAGGUGAUUUAAAAUAAUCCAGUAAGUUUUAUUUUAAACAAAAAUCAUUCUUUACCUUCACUGGAGCAGAAUUGGAAGAUCUUAUUUUCAGUAAAUAAAACCACCCCCCACCCACACUUACUAAUUAUUUGCCUUGUGACUCUCUUCAUCCUCAUUCACCAUUACUUCUGCUUAUUAACCUAGUCACUUCUUGCUUGUGCCUUUGAUACCUUUCUGAUGCAGAUGCUAUACAAGGGAGCUUUAAAUUUAUUCUGGGUUGGCUGAAAACGUGGGAGACUGCGGGGUAUCGUGUUAACCCAACAUGCCGUUAAGCUUCAUUUUUGUUCUGAGAUGUACUGAAUAAAUGUAAAGACUUGAGAGAUGUUAUUUAUGUCCCUGUAUGAUGGAAACGUUCAUCAAGAGCUGUUCGUGUCUCUUAGCCAUGUAGAUAACCCAUCUGUAAACCACCAUCCUCAUACCUGUUCAUGACAGGCUGUGCUCACACUGCUGCCAUCCAGCCAAGAGUGUUUUCUUCAUCCAUUCUAAAGGUUCCAAAUAAGCCUGAAGUACAGGCAGUGCCCUGGGAGACACCAGGGGUUCAGCAACAGCCUCUUCUGGUGGUUAUUUAAAACACAACCCCCAGCAGUUCAACAGCUUCUGUCCAUCCAUGCUGGCAUUCAGGGGCCUUUCAAUGUAUUCAUGUUCCAGAUACACUCACAUGACUCCACCUGCAGACAGCGAACUCCCCAGUGUGCGUAGAGGCGAUCGUAUUUUCUAACCUGGAUAUUUUCAGCACCUGUUGGAUGGGGUUGUAUUCUUUCUCUAUUGCACUGUUGUGAAUCAUUGGCCAUGAUUUGAUUUUGUACAAAUAAUGCUUUGAUAUGUUAUAGAAAACAGCAUAGUAUUUUUUUAAAAUUCGGGGAAAAAAAGAAGUUUAUAAACACAGAAAAUGUGGUCGGGUGACAAAUGUAAACUAAAGCAUCCUCCCCUGCCUUCGUUACAUACAUUUUAUAUUUGCUGGCAAUAUUUAAACUUUUUGGUUUAAUUCACACUAAUUCCUAUUGAAUUGUCAUGGGUUUUUCUAAUGUUCAGACAAAUCUCUUAAUAUCGAUUAACUUUUAUUUUGUUAGGAUUGUAUUUAUCAAGCAAAUAAAAUCAACAGCCAUUUGAAA